CCCCAGCGGGAAGAAGUUCCGCAGCAAGCCCCAGCUGGCGCGCUACCUGGGCGGCUCCAUGGACCUGAGCACCUUCGACUUCCGCACGGGCAAGAUGCUGAUGAGCAAGAUGAACAAGAGCCGCCAGCGCGUGCGCUACGACUCCUCCAACCAGGUCAAGGGCAAGCCUGACCUCAACACGGCGCUCCCUGUGCGGCAGACGGCGUCCAUCUUCAAGCAGCCGGUCACCAAGAUCACCAACCACCCGAGCAAUAAGGUCAAGAGCGACCCGCAGAAGGCGGUGGACCAGCCACGGCAGCUCUUCUGGGAGAAGAAGCUAAGCGGGCUGAGCGCCUUCGACAUUGCGGAGGAGCUGGUCAGGACCAUGGACCUGCCCAAGGGGCUGCAGGGCGUGGGUCCCGGCUGCACCGAUGAGACCUUGCUGUCCGCCAUCGCCAGCGCCCUGCAUACCAGCACCAUGCCCAUCACAGGACAGCUCUCAGCCGCUGUGGAGAAGAACCCUGGCGUGUGGCUGAACACCACGCAGCCCCUGUGCAAGGCCUUCAUGGUGACCGACGAGGACAUCAGGAAGCAAGAGGAGCUGGUCCAGCAGGUACGGAAGCGGCUGGAGGAGGCGCUGAUGGCUGACAUGCUGGCCCACGUGGAGGAGCUGGCCCGCGACGAGGCACCGCUGGACAAGGCCUGUGGGGAUGAGGAUGAUGAAGAUGACGACGAAGACGAGGAGGAGGAGCCCGAGCCAGACCCAGACCUGGAGCGCGUCUAGAGCAGGUAUCCUGCCCAGAGCCCUGCUCCGGGCACCUGCCCCCCGCUCUGCCUGCUGUGCCUGGCCCAGCCGGGAGGACUCAGCUGGAGCUUGCCCUUCUAGGUGCCCCUCCUCGGGCUCGGGUGUGGCAGAAGUCUCCGACCCAUGGACCUGGGCAUGGAGCGUGGCCAACUCAGCCCGUGGGGCAAGAGGCCUCUCCACAUGGGACUCAGCGCUGCUGCUCCUUGGCUGUGAGGCGGGACAGCGCCAGCGGGCUCGCCCGUUACCCUGCACCGCGAGGCCUGCAGCUCCGUGUUUCCAUGAGUUGGAGAACAUUGUGGAAACAGUCCAACCCCAGCCCUGCGGUGAGGAACAUGGUCCUGAGCCAGCAGGCCUGCCCUUUGGGACACCAUGGCCACGAGCCUGCAGCCCUCCAGUGGGCAGAGUUGGUGACCCUCAGAAGGGCACCUGGGCAGUGGCCCCAGGAGGCUGAUUUCUUUCAAUAAAUGGAUGACAUGAAAUGUGGCCAGCCUUGGCGUGACUGAC